AUGGAAGUUCUCGUGCGACGAGGAAUGACCAAAGGAUAUGAAGUAUUUUCUUUACUCACUCUACCGGCAUACGCUGCUUUUGUGCUCAUGCGGAAAGGCAAAGGUCACUUCACUGUCAAUCGGUUCCUUCGCGCGACAUGGGCAGGCGGCGCAGUAGGAUGCGCAGGAGGAGGCAUGCUCGAGUAUGUUCGCUCGUCCAGGGCCAGUGAAGCCACUGUGACGAGCCGGCGCGUGCAACACGCCUACGACGCUGCUUCAUUACGUGCUGACGACCACUCUACUAUCGGCGCGAUAUUGUUUGCGGUACUAACGCCUGCAAUCCUCUGGAAGAGAGCGAGCACGGUGAACUUGGUGCUUGGUGGUGCUGGGAUUGGUUCUGCUAUUGGGCUCCUAACACAUUAUGGACGAACAGUGACAGAGGAUAUAACGCCGGAUGUACAAAUCCCUGAGACUCCCAUUGCAUCAUUAUGA